UUGUUCCUCAAGUCCCAAGGUCCCAAUCCUCCUCAUUUUUUCUCUACAAAUUUCUCCACACGCACGGUUCGGCUCGGUGUUUUCUUCUUCUCUCUUUUUUCCUUCUGUUCUUCAUUUCAUUUCGAGAGAAAUCCUCCGGCGACGGCGAUGGAGUGCGUGUUCGGGCUUGUUGGCGACGGCUUUGCCUUGAUCGCGGCGGACACAUCCGCCGUCCACUCGAUCCUGGUCCACAAAUCCAACGAGGACAAGGUCAUGAUCCUUGACUCCCACAAGCUUCUCGGCGCCUCCGGCGAGGGUGGCGAUCGGGUGCAGUUCACGGAAUACAUCCAGAAGAACGUGCACCUGUACCAGUUCCGGAACGGCAUCCCCCUCACCACUGCCGCUGCCGCCAACUUUACCCGCGGCGAGCUCGCUGUCGCCCUCCGGAAGAAUCCAUAUUUUGUGAAUAUUCUACUGGCUGGUUACGACAAGGGUAUUGGUCCAUCGCUCUACUACAUUGACUACAUUGCAACUCUGCACAAAAUUGAAAAGGGUGCAUUUGGUUACGGAUCCUACUUCACCUUAUCAAUGAUGGACCGGCACUAUCACAGUGGGAUGUCGGUAGAAGAAGCAAUUGAUUUGGUGGACAAGUGCAUAAUGGAAAUCCGAUCUAGACUGGUUGUUGCCCCACCAAACUUCGUGAUCAAGAUUGUUGACAAGGAUGGAGCAAGGGAGUAUGCCUGGCGUGAAUCAGUUAAAGAUGCUGGAGUUGCUACAGCUUAAGAUGAUUAUUUCUUUUUCCUCUUGAACGAGCCUUAUGGAUUAAUUCUGUGUGAUGAACCAAAAAAUGUUGUUUAGAUGCAAUUUAUUGCAACAGUAUGUAACUUCGCUAAUGAUUUUUCACUUUGCUUUACCGAAUUUCAUUUGUCAAACAAUUUCCUCAUUUUCGAUUAUGUUUGUUUUGAAAGAAG